GCCUCUACAAAUAAUUUGACUUUUCCAUGACAAUAUGAUUCUGCAAAUCCUCUUGCAAAAAUUGAAACAAGAGAGAGAAAGAAUAAACCAAAAACCAUGAACGGCUAGUUAAUAGUAAUACCUAGUCUACAGCACUAGCUGCCAUUUUCUUUCUCUACAAUUUCAAACAAUCAUACUUUUCCCUCCCACAUAUAUAUUUGAAUUUUAUUUUCAAUUCCCAUAAAGAAAAUUGCAUUUUCCAGACGAAAAGAAAAAUAAAAGCAGAAAUUUCCACCGAAAAACUCAUGGAUUGCGACGACGGCGAUUCAUGCUUCGCCGCCGGCUUCCCCCCCGCAUUGGUCUCAUUAACCCCAUUCGCUUCCGCGGUCUCACCCUCGCCGCGCCGGCUAUCGAGCUGCUUCAUGCAUCCGGCUACGCCGGUUAGAUCAAAACGGCGCCUGGCCUGGGUGUCCCUCCAGGGCCGCCUUGUUGGAGCCGACGAAGCCAGCUCGGCUAAGACUGUUGAUCCAAAUGGCGUCUUCACCGCCCAAGAGGCGGCGGCGUGGGAGCUAUUUACACCCGUUCAACGGGUUUUGACCGUCGCUGUUGUCGGGGCCGCAGCUACCAACUCGAUGAAGAAUGAGCAGAUUUCGAAGCUGAAAAAAUCAGUUGAACUCAGGGAUCAAGUGCUCUUUAGCAUGCAGAAAAAGCUGGACAAUUUAUGUGAGCAGUUGAAUUAUUUGAAGGAUCAGCCUGAAGUUGAGACUAAAACAACGAUUGAAUGCGGUUGUAAGCUUAGACAUCAUAAGCUUCCUCCAAAUGAUUCUUUGAUCAACACAUCAACUAAAGGAUCAAAUGGGGAUGAGGUGUUCAAGUACAAAAUGCCAAUAUCAAACGAGGCCGAGCCAGAUGAGCGCCGAAUGUCUGAUUUGUCAGAUUGGGCUCCCAGUGUUACUUCUUCUGUUGAUAUUCAGUUGGAGAGUUUAGCACUAGAACAUGAUAUGGACAGCCUGAAGAAAGAAUGUGAUGAGAAGGAUGCUACCAUCAAGGAACUGUCUACUUAUCUUCGGUCAUCUGAAGUCUUGAGUUCAAAGAGGAUUGUGGAAUUAGAAGAUAUCAUUCGUCGUAAGAAUAUGAUCAUCAACAAGCUCCGGAAAGACAUAAUAACUUUGGAGCAGAAGGUGGUGAGCCUUACAAGACGCCGGAGACCCUCUUUCUCAGCAGCAAGUACAGAUCAUCUGCAGCAUCUUCCUACACUGACAGAUAAUGUCCUUUUUGACAUGGACAGUACGACUGAUCCUUCGUCUUCAGAUUCGGACAGCAUUCCCAGGAAUCAUCGGAUGGAAGCUCCACUUGUGGAAAGGCAGCACAUCUCUGUUGAGAUAAGUGAGAAAGAGUCUAAAUGGAAGGUGAAAUGUGAUGGUGCUAAGAGUUCACCUUCGCUUCUUCCUUUGAAAGAGAAUUCACUGAAUCCGCAUACGACAAGUGGCGGUGGGGAGAACAGGAGCAGGAGACGACCUCCUAGCAAAUCCAAGGAAGUAGCAGCACCAGCUCAAAAGAGAUGGAUUUAGGUCGUCUUUUUCAAUGGAACCAUGGCUAUGCACCAUAGUGACUUGCUCUUUUGUUAAAAGAGAGAGGAGGCCUUUGUUAAUAGUGUCUAAGGCAACAUAUUGGAUUUCCUUCAUGAAAUCAUCUCGAUUAUGAGGAAGUGAAAUCGUGUUACUUGUGGGAUACAAUCAAUUGUUUGAUUCAGAAACGUUAAUUCGCAUGGUCGCAAUGCAAAUGCAUUUUGAAUUGUUCCAUUA